AUGUCUGCUUUAAAAGUCUUAGUUGUCGGCGGCGGGGUUGCAGGCCCGGCUGUAGCCUACUGGCUCUCACGCAUCGGUGCCCAUGUUACUCUCAUCGAGCGAUCUGAAAAGAUGCGCGCUUCCGGCCAGCAGGUAGACCUUCGCGGCAAGGGCGUACCCAUCAUGAAAAAGAUGGGUAUCGAAGCCGCUGUGACAGCAGCAUGUGUACACGAAUCUGGCAUGCAGUUAAUUGACCGCAACGGCCGGACCCAGGCAUUCUUUCCCGUCGCUAAGAGUGGCUCCGGAAAGCAGGGAUUUACAUCAGAGUACGAAAUCAUGCGAGGCGACUUGGUAAAGAUUCUUUAUGGACUUACCGAGGGCCAUGAAAACGUGCGGCAUCUAUUCAAUACCACCAUCAAAAGCUUUACUCAGGACGGCGGAGACAGCACUGACGCCAAGGUUCACGUCACCUUUGAAGAUGGCCGUGAAGAAGAUUUCAAUCUCGUUGUUGCUGCAGACGGAACCGGUUCGAAAACACGCAAGAUGAUGCUUGGUGAAGAUGCCCCAGACCCACGACGCGACUGUGGAGGUUAUAUCGGAUACUUCAGUGUCCCAUCGAAACCAGGGGAUUCUGACAGGGGGACUUUUUGUCACUUGCUUGGAGGAAGAAUAAUCGGGACAAGAAAAGACAUCCCGGAACUUACACGAGUAUACAUGAUCCUCCGUGGAAAGAAACCCGAUCUAGAUGCAGCAAUCAGCUCUGGAAACCCACAAGAAUUGAAGAAAGCCCUAGCCGACAUUUAUCAAGGAGGUGGAUGGGAAUGCGAUCGGUUUAUGGAUGCUCUACUUCAUGCCCCAGAGGCGGAUGAUGUCUACUGCACAAAAAUCGAGGAAGUCAACCUCCCUCAUGGAUCUUGGUCUAAGGGCCAAGUCGUUCUUCUUGGCGACUCGGCUCAUUGCCAUACCGCAGGUGGCUAUGGAUGCGCCUGGGGUUUGGUGGGCGCUUAUAUGCUGGCGGGCGAGAUUGCGACGUCAUUGAAGAAUAAAGACUUAACAGCUUCAGCCGCUGUAAUGCAAGGUGCAAAGAUGUAUGAAGAAAAAUUCCGACCUAUUGCAACUGCCAUGCAUGGAGGCUAUGACAGGUUUGAGGACUUGAUGGCACCCAAAUCGAGUAUCGGAAUCUGGAUCUUACAUAGAUUUGCGAAGAUGGCAUCAUUUUUCAAUUGGGGUGAAAUGGAUGGCUUGGAUAAAAAGACAGCUAACUGGAAGCUGCCAGAGUAUCCAGCGCUAGAGUAA